AAACUUGCAAAGGAAGGAGUGAGUGCUAAUAAUUUCGAUGAAAAUGAAACUUUCUGAGCAAAGUUUCGACAACUUAUUAAAGGAGGAAUUGGGUUGAAAGGAAGAUUGAAAAAUCAAAACAAAUAAUCCAAAUUACAAACCUAUUUUAGUAUAUAAUACCCACAUUUGCAAAUGAAGUAUCAAAGCAAGCUGUGGAGCCAAGUUAUUCAGAGCGCCAAAAUCCUUUUAUUCUCUUUCCCCUUUGCUUGCUUUUUCUUCUUCUUUUUAAUUGUUAAGUUCUCUAUAAAUAAUUCACAAGAAUUUCAAUUAGCUUCCUCCAAAAACCCUUUGGUGUAAAUGGAGGUUUCUAGCUUAAAUGGAUUGCAAAAUGAGGAGGAGGCAUUGAACAGUUUGCUUGAUGCUUUCGGAUCCCUUUUUUCUCUUAAUGACAUCGCUUCUGCUUACUGUGAGGCCGGCCGGAAUCCGGAUUUGGCUGGUUUAAUUCUAUGUGAAAUGCAGGGGAUCCCUCCUUUAGUUGCCACCGAUCAAUCUAACAACGAGGUGAAAAACAAUGAAACUUCGGGAUCAAGUUAUGUUAAAAGUUCACAAAAUAAUUCACAAGCAAGUGAGGUUUUUACGGUGGAUCAACCGGUUUCAGCUGCUACUGAUGAAUGUAGUGGCAAGAGGAAAAAGGAUGAACCUAUGGAAUCAUCUCGUUGUAAUAGUUUUCAACGUUCUUGUCAAGAAAAUGGGGGUUUAAGUUCUCCGAAGCAAAAGGCGAGACCGGUUUCAGGAGGCACUGUUUCGAGCAUGCUAGGAAAGGGGUAUAUGAAAUCUGUCCCUUUGGCUAAUGGCUCGUAUCCAGGAACCAAACCUAUGAAAGUGGACUCAAAGGAGAUGCCAAUGUCCUUGUUUUGGGGUGAAGAACUCGAACCCAGUAGUCAGAACGAGGACCGUAUGCACAAGGAUAUGGAAGAUUUUCUUUUCAAGAUGCUAGGAGAGGGAUUUCGAUUGGAAAGGGACAUGAUUCGAGAAGUUCUCAAUAGCUGUGGAUACAACAUGCAAAAGAGCAUGAAGAAGCUUCUUGACUGGUCAGCCGUGAGUUUGGACAAAGAGAAAAAACCGUCAGCCAUGAGUUUGGACAAAGAGAAAAAACCUCUUGGCGAGUCCGGUGAAAAGACUAACGAUAUACAUCUAAGGACCAGUAGACCUUCACAAGAAAACAUGAACAUAGUCUUGAAUGCGGAUGUAGCAGAAAGACAACAGAAGGACGGAAAUGAUCUCCAAAAGGAAGUCUUGGCUGCUCUGUUCGGUGCUCCUGAGAGAUCCGAGGAAUUGCCUAGGAGAUCAAAGAGGCCAGCAAGAAGGCCUAUUGCAUUAGGAGAAAUCGUGGAAAGGCCUCUAAUUGAUGUUACUGCUGAGCCAAAGGUUGAUAGAGUUCGCUCACAAGAAGAUAAAAAAGACGAUGAAGAUGAAGAAGAUAGUUUCCAGGUUCUUCGAAGAGCCGUGAAGGAAUAUAGGGGUACAAUGAAGGAAUACUAUAAAGCUGCUGUUGAUGCUUUUGCUAAGGGGGAUCAAGAUGAAGCAAACAAACUUCUCGAACAGGGACAAUUUUUUCAAGAAAAGGCUCGCCAAGCCGAUGAAGAAUCCAAUCAAAAGAUUUUUGAAACUCGGAACACCGAGACAGAAGACGAAAUGUUGCUCGAAUUGCACAAUCAUGGCACAAGGGAGGCAAUCCAGCUUUUGAAGUGUCACUUAUCUUCACUAGCCGGCAUCCCAUCCUUCAAGUACCUAAAGGUCAUUAUCAAUACCGACAAAGAAGACUCCUCAAAAGGCACUUGUAGACGAUUGGUGAUGAAGCUAUUGCAGAAGGAAUCAAUCAGUUGGAGUGAAGGAGAAACUUCAGGGAUAAUAUUGAUUCAAUUGGAUAAUAUCAACCCCAAAAGAUUGAGUUUUGCUAAAAACUAGCAUUGCUUCAAUUUGGUAUCUCAAAAAACCAUUCAACUUUUUUAAAUUAUGAACUAAUAUCCAUUGUUUUAAAAACUCAGAUUUAAAGAGUGAAAGUAAAUUUUCAAGUUUUGGCAUUGUUGUAAACUCUCUCUCUAUAUGUAUUUGGAAGUACUUUAUUGUCAUCAUA